AUUUCCUCUCCGCCGCCGCCGCCGCCGCCUCCCUCCCUCCCCGCCGCCACGGCCGCCCCCCUCGUCGUGGAAUCCGCCCAACCGACGAGCUGCCUCCGUAUCCGAUUCGGCCAGCUACCACCACAACUCCUUGACGCUACCGUCGCCGUCUGAGGUCCCCCGCGCCGGCCAGCCCCACCCCGCCCCUCGUCGCCGACUACCUCCCCUUCUCAGUAGGGCGCUAGAAGUCAACAUGUCGUUGGAUGUUACUCAAAUACUCUUGAGUGCGCAAUCUGCUGAUGGCUCGAUUAGGAAGCAUGCUGAAGAAAGCCUCAAGCAGUUUCAGGAGCAAAACCUCCCAGGUUUCUUGCUCUCCCUCUCAAGUGAGUUGGCCAAUAACGAGAAACCUGAAGAGAGCCGCAGGUUGGCUGGCUUGAUCCUUAAGAAUGCACUGGAUGCAAAGGAGCAGCACAGGAAGAGUGAACUUUUCCAGAGAUGGCUGGCACUGGAUUCUGGUGUCAAGGCACAAAUUAAAGCGUUGCUGCUGCAAACUCUCUCAUCUCCUGUUGCAAGUGCCAGAUCUACAUCUUCUCAAGUCAUCGCAAAGAUUGCUGGCAUUGAGAUCCCUCAGAAGCAAUGGCCUGAGCUUAUAGGAUCAUUGCUCUCAAACAUACAUCAGGUCCAGCCUAAUGUCAAGCAGGCGACGCUCGAGACACUUGGCUAUUUAUGUGAGGAAGUUUCUCCAGAAGCUGUUGACCAAGACCAAGUCAACAAGAUACUUACAGCUGUUGUUCAGGGUAUGAAUGCUUUUGAAGGGAACUCUGAAGUGAGACUUGCAGCCACACGGGCAUUGUAUAAUGCAUUGGGCUUUGCUCAGGUUAACUUCUCCAAUGACAUGGAGCGUGAUUAUAUCAUGAGAGUCGUAUGCGAAGCAACACAGUCAGCAAAGGUGAAGAUAAGACAGGCUGCCUUUGAGUGUUUGGUGGCUAUUUCAUCGACUUAUUACGAUAAGCUGGCCACAUACAUGCAGGACAUAUUUAAUAUUACUGCAAAGGCCGUGAGAGGAGACGAGGAGUCAGUUGCACUUCAGGCCAUUGAAUUUUGGAGCUCCAUAUGCGAUGAGGAAAUCGACAUUUUGGAUGAGCACAGUAGUGAGUUUACAGCUGAUUCUGAUGUUCCUUGCUACUAUUUUAUCAAGCAAGCUCUUCCUGCUUUAGUGCCAAUGCUGCUGGAGACCCUCCUCAAGCAGGAGGAAGACCAAGACUUGGAUGAAGGUGCUUGGAACCUUGCAAUGGCUGGUGGUACUUGUUUGGGCCUGGUGGCGAGGACUGUUGGUGAUGAUGUUGUUCCUCUUGUGAUGCCUUUUGUUGAGGAGAACAUAACGAAACCUGAAUGGAGGCAAAGAGAGGCUGCAACAUAUGCUUUUGGAUCCAUUCUGGAGGGUCCAUCAGCUGAUAAACUGGCCCCUCUAGUUAACGUAGCCUUGAAUUUUAUGUUGUCUGCGUUGUUGAAGGACCCAAAUAACCAUGUGAAGGACACCACUGCUUGGACCCUCGGAAGAAUAUUUGAGUUUCUUCAUGGUUCUGCGCUUGAAACUGCUCCUGUUAUUACAGCUGAGAACUGCCAGCAAAUACUUACUGUGCUACUUCAAAGCAUGAAGGAUGUCCCAAAUGUGGCAGAAAAGGCAUGUGGGGCACUCUAUUUCCUUGCACAAGGCUAUGUGGAUGCUGGAUCGGUGUCACCAUUAGCCCCUUUCUUCCAAGAUAUUAUUCAGAGCCUUAUUGUGACCAGUCACAGAGAAGAUGCUGGAGAAUCCAGGCUGCGUACCGCAGCUUAUGAAACUCUAAAUGAAGUUGUCAGGUGCUCCACCGAGGAGACAGCUCCUAUUGUUUUGCAGUUGAUACCAGUGAUUAUGAUGGAACUCCAUCAGACACUUGAAGCAGGAAAGUUGUCAACUGACGAGAGGGAGAAGCGGAGCGAUCUGCAGGGCCUUCUCUGUGGUUGCUUGCAGGUCAUUAUCCAGAAGUUGGGAGGGAUGGAGUCAACAAAGUUUGCCUUCUUGCAGUAUGCGGAUCAGAUGAUGGAUCUAUUUUUGAGAGUUUUUGCUUGUCGAAAUGCCACGGUGCAUGAGGAGGCUAUGCUUGCUAUUGGUGCAUUGGCAUAUGCAGCCGGUUCAAACUUCGCAAAGUACAUGGCACAAUUCUACCAGUACUUGGAAAUGGGACUUCAGAACUUUGAAGAGUAUCAGGUAUGUGCUAUUACAGUGGGUGUUGUGGGUGACCUGUGCAGGGCACUGGAGGACAAAAUUUUACCUUACUGUGACGGCAUCAUGACCCAGCUCCUGAAAGAUCUUUCCAGCAAUCAGUUACACAGAUCUGUAAAACCACCUAUAUUCUCGUGCUUUGGUGAUAUUGCACUGGCAAUUGGGGAGAACUUCGAUAAGUAUUUGAUCUAUGCGAUGCCCAUGCUACAAAGUGCAGCAGAUUUGUCGGCGCAUGCAACUUCAGCUGAUGAGGAAAUGCUCGACUACACCAAUCAAUUAAGGAAUGGCAUCUUGGAGGCCUACUCUGGCAUUCUUCAAGGAUUCAAGGGUUCCCCUAAGAUGCAGUUACUGAUGCCGUAUGCCCCACAUAUUCUUCAGUUCCUUGACGCUCUUCAUAAUGGCAAGGAUAUGGAUGAUUCUGUGAUGAAGACUGCAAUAGGUGUCUUGGGAGAUCUGGCAGACACAUUGGGUGUUCAUGUUGGUCCCUUGAUCAAUCAAUCGACCUCAAGCAAGGAAUUUUUGGAUGAGUGUUUAUCAUCUGAUGAUCCUCUGGUCAAAGAAUCAGCUGACUGGGCAAGGAUUGCAAUCAGCCGUGCAGUUUCAGGUUGACGUGGCAUUGGUGUCGAGUCUGCACAUGCAUCCAUCCACGUGUCGAGUCUGGGUCUUCGGUUGCAGGUUGCAUCGUAUCUUUGGGGAAGUCCACCAUCCUAACAGGAGUGUCGAAGGGUCCUCACUAACUCAUGCAUCAGUACAUGUGUCAGCCCAGCCUUUUUCACUUGUGUGGAAAAGAGGGUUAAGUUGGCUGCCUGCUAACUUUGCUAAAGGCAUCUAGAACCUUCAAUUUCUUAUUGGGGGUGAGAUGAGCUUCUAUGGUUGGGUGCCAUGCCGAUGGUUCGUUGGCGUGGCUUGCAUGCCCUACGGUCUGGGUGUGCUAUCGCUUUCCCUUGCCUCCAUUGCAUGCAUCAAACUUUGGUCGUAUGGUUACAAGUCCUGGUUGCUUAUGGAUCCGUUAUGCAUAAGGGGCUCGCGUGCACUGUCACGGGAUAAUUUUGCACUGCUCAGGAGGUCCAAGUUGGACAUGUCCCUCACGAGCUGGUAGCUUGUUAAUUUCUUUUUCGAGAGUAUGUAGCUUGUUUAUUUCAUGUUUCCUUUUCCAUACUUGCAUUGUCCUGCAUCCAUUAUCGGACUGUUUUGUAAGGGUUUCUCAUGGUCAAAACUUCGACGGCUAGCCGUUGUGCAAGACCCUGCAUGCGUCGGUUUAUUUCCAGGUGCUGGGGGUUGAGCCCUUUUUUUGUUAUCCUUGCUGCUGCUCCAUUUCAGUUUUCAUUGAGGCUGUGUGCUGGCGGGUUGAACAAGAACUGUCAUUGGUUUCGGGGUGGUUUUAUUUUGGGGCAGCUGUGGAGUUUGAUUUGUUAUUUACGGGAACUGUAUAAUUGGGUGGAACUCUGCCGCCUCCUAUCUCAUGUGUCAGUAUCAUUCGCUGUGUAUACAAGGAUUUGAUCAUGAACGGGUUCAGUGAUAUGGGUCUUUGUCUCUUA